UCUGUGCUACAUGUCUGGACAUGUCUACUACUGGGUUUAGGGAUAAUUAAUGGUGCUGUCCUGCUAGGAGCAGAGUGUUAAGAGGAGACUUAGGACUGUGGAGAUGACCUGACCGGACAAUCUAGCACUUAAAGGCUAAGGAGAAGACCCCACGCUGGAUUUCCUUGGAGGAAACUGGAAACUUUGGAGCCACUGAUCUGUACUCACAACUGUUCUCAACGUCGAGAAGACAAAUAUCACAGUUUUACGCACUUAAGAUUUGCAGCUGACGGACGUUGUGGAGGCCAGUGGUCGGUCAGUCAGAGAUGAUUCCUUAUGAAGUCCAUGGAGCCGUCCUCUCUGUCGCCUGGUGGGCGUUACUCUGCCCUCUCUAGACUGCUGAGUCCAGGACACACAGUCACACAGUGAAGACCUGUGAGAGACCUCAGAGAGAGAGACCUCAGAGAGAGACCUCAGAGAGAGAGACCUCAGAGAGAGAGACCUCAGAGAGAGAGACCUCAGAGAGAGAGACCUCUACUGCAGAGACAAGCAAAGAGGGAAAACCAACCAUGAAAUCCAACCAGGAGAGGAGCCAUGGCUGUCUACCUCCAAAGAAGCGUGAGAUCCUGGCUCUGGAGCAGAGGCCUGUGGCGGCAGCAGCUGAGACCCUGGCUCUGGAGCAGAGGCCUGUGGUGGUAGCAGACACUACCCUACACACAGAGAACCUGGCCCGGCUGGCCAGUGUAGCCAGCGAACGCUGCAGAUCCACGGAAACUCCCAGCCCCAGGUUUCAUGUCUCCUCGUCCUCCUCUUCCUCCCCCUCUCCCUCUGCUACCUCUCUGUCUACGAUCCCCUUGUCCUCCCUCUCCACUGUCUACCCCACUGGGGUGGGGCUCAGCCAAUACGUCCAGCUGGCCCCUAACCUCCAGUUCAUUAGCUCGGGGCCGUACACUGGCUACAUCUCCUCUCAGAUCAUCCCGUCCACUGCCGCCGGUGUAGCUACCUCCACAGGGCAACAGCGCCACCAUCUGGACGGCCACUGCUACACCACCGCCCUCAUCUCCCAGGCCACCAAGGUUGGUGACCAGCAGCAGCAGCUCCAGAUAGGGCUGCCGUCUGACCUGGCAGUGUCUGUUGGAGGGACCGCCGUCUCACUGCCCUCCUCCACACACUUCACCGGAACCCACCAGUACAUCCAGCUGGACAGCAGCACCACUCUGACCGUCACCUCCCCUCCCCAGGGCCACCUCCAGCCUCUCCAGCUCCACACCCACCCUGGGGUGGGCCUCCUCCCCCACACCCACACCCUCACCCUCGCCCCCUCCCAGGUGCUGGUUCAGUAUGCGGAUGGGUCAGGGGUCAAGAAAGCUGAGGGCGGACACACCAAGGUGGUGCAGCUAAAUGGAGAACUGGAGAGGAGUUUCGGUAAACAGAGCUGUGCUGACAUCAAAGGAGUCUCCUACUCUCACCAGAACAAUCAGCAGGUUCACCAUGGAUACGAAGCUCGACACAUCCUCAUUCCCGCAGACUACACUACCCAGGAUUCCACAGGACUACAAACCUCACUGGUGCUGGUAGCAAAUGCCCACCCCCACCCUCACCCUCAACCUACAAGUGGUACUGAGCAGGACAAGGUCCAGGUCCACCCAUCACUAAUACACAGUGAGGGAGGAGGCAUCUGUCUAGGGAAAGCCUGUGUCUCUUCUGCCCCUCACACGGUUAUCCAGACCACCCACCACUCUGACGAGCCUGUACACAGCCUGUACUCUACCACCCAGGCACCAAUCAUCGGCUACAUCGCCAGCGCAGAUAACCAGCACGGCAUCAGCUAUGCCACCCUGCCGCAGCACCUGGUCAUCCCAGACGGCCAGUCCCUCCAGUCUCUCCUGAUACCCGUUAGCGGAGUGGGUGGAGUUACUACCACCACUGCGGACCUCGAGGCUGCCCGCUCGGUGACCGCCAGGACGGCCACCACCACUGCCAGUCGGACGGCCACCACCAGUCCCCUGCUGUACUCCAGGCCCAAGUACUACCCACCCAACACAUCCAAAUCCCGUCUAACACAGCCGCUACUGUGGUGGCGUCCCCCCGCCCCAGCCCCAGCCCCAGCCCCAGCCCCAGUCCAGGCUUCCCCCUCUCCCUCCUCCUCUCCAGCCACGCUCCCUCCGUUCUUCAUGCGUGGCUCCAUCAUCCAGCUGGCGGACGGGGAGCUGAAGCGCGUGGAGGACCUGAAGACGGAGGACUUUAUCCAGAGUGCUGAGAUCAGCAGUGAGCUGAAGAUUGACUCCAGUACCGUGGAACGCAUCGACACAGGCCAGACACCCAACGCCGUCGUCAUACAGUUCGGUGUCGGGGAACUCAAAGCACAGGUGUGUGUGGAGGUGCUGCUGGAGUACCCAUUCUUUGUGUUCGGCCAGGGCUGGUCUUCCUGCUCCCCUGACCGGACCACUGAGCUGCUGGAGCUGAGCUGUGCCAAGCUGUGUGUUGGGGACGUGUGUGUCUCCCUGACCCUCAGGAGCCUGAGGAGUGGUGGCGGCUCUGUGUCUGGGAGGAACAACAGCUGCCAGGGUCACGAGGUCAAGCUGAGGCACAGCACUGGGGACAUCACACAGGGGUCUAACCGCCAGGGGAACAGUCAGGGGAAUAUUCAAAGUAAUGGUCAGAGUAAUGGUCAGAGUAUUGAUCAAAUCAACAGUCCGAUAAAUAGUCGGAGUAAUAGUCAGGGUAAUAAUCAGAGCAACAACAGUCAGAGAGACAGUCAGAGAGACAGUCAGAGAGACAGUCAGAGAGACAGUCAGAGAGACAGUCAGAGAGACAGUCAGAGAGACAGUCAGAGAGACAGUCAGAGCAUGGACAAAGACUUGAACAGUAUGAAUGCUGCAGGCAGCAACAGUGUCUUCCUGGUGCAGGUGGCCAAAACAGACAGGUUGAAUAAGGAGGACAGGGGCGUCCCCCGCUGUGUGGACCAGGUGACAGGAUCUGGACUAAGACCCGGAUCUGGUUCUGGACCAGGGGUCUACGGAGCUGGAGUUGGACCCAGGGGCACCUCAGACCUGCAGGCUGUCUCAGGAAACGGAGAGAUGAGAGAUGGAGAAAAUAGAGAGAUGAGAGAGAGAGAACAGAAUAGCCACAUGCCCCCUCCUCCGCCCCUCAAGACAGAAGGGGGUGAGGCAGACAAAGAAAAACCCUCGGGUCGUAAGAGGAGGUGGUCUGCUCCAGAGAGAGAUCAGACAGAGAGGGUGGACGAGGAACCCCCUUUGACUCUGCCCAAACCCUCUUUUAUAACUCAGCAGGUCAAACUCUCCAUCGAGGGCAGGUCAAAUGUUAGUCGUUGAAAUAGCUGGAGUGUUAUGCGGGAAGGAGGGACAUUUUUUUUAUAUGUUUGUAACGUUGUUAGUCCUGUUCUCUAUCUAUCCAGAUUAAUGUAAAGGAUUAGUUUACAUCGUAUUUACAUACAUGUAUUAUGAUUCUAUUUCUAUGGAAGGAACAUAGG